GUUAUUCCUGUAGUAGCUAGCUAUUUAAUAGGAGAUUAACAUGGGAGUUUACAAUAAUUUUGCUAGAAUACCAUUGGGUUGAUUUACUUACUUUAUUUACAUUUUAACGGUUAACAUCCCGGCGCAGAUCAGCCACAUGAAGAAAACAGCCACUUUAGUGUCAAUUAAUCCUUUUCUAAACCUAUUCUGCUGUUUGUUGUUGUUGGUCUCCAUGAUAGCUGUAAAUACCACUGGACCACCGUUAAAAACUGUACCGAUAGCUUUGAGCUUUUUCUAUGGGACACAGACAGUACACAGACACACACAGACACACCACGGGUGCGGGGAUGGCGCUGUUGCCACUCACAGAAUUGAUUUCAGGAAAACAGCUCGUCUUAGUGACUGUAUUUCUGUUUUCAAACCAGUGAAAACGGGAUUAUUGUAAGAUUUUAUUAUUAUUAUUUUUUUUACUUUUUUUUGGUGAAGCAGUGCUUCACCUGUAGUCGUAUAGAAACCGCCACUAAACCGCCUAGUAGGAACUGUGUGUAAUGCUUUUAAUAUCUAUUUCACCACAAUUAUCAGACUGUAAAAUGAUAGGAUUUCAAAAGCAUUUGAAAAAUAACCAAGCUAAUCAUACAGUACUUAUUCUUUCUCCAAGGGGCAUUGCUGAAAUUUCUUCAUCCCGCUCUACCAAGUGUUGUCUCUGGUGCUACUGAAGGUAACGUUCUUUUCUACCUAUUAUUAGUGCCUUCUAUCAACACACUUGAUGUUAUCAAAAUGACUUUACAUUUUUCUAAUUCAAGUCAUAGUUGUGUGUAUUCAUUCCACUUGCCCACAGAGUCUUCUGGACAUUUCAAAUAUGUGGGACAUUCACUAAUGUUAAUGAAUAACUGAGUUGUUGAGAUCAAUGCAUGCAAAAUGUGCAAUAUAAAUAAAAAGAAUAUUAUUUAUGUAUUUAUUUAUUUUUGCACCAGGGCCAUCAACAUCGUCUUCGUCACAUGUUUAUGAGGAGGAGCAAGUGGAAGACAACAUUGCGGCGUCCACUCCACUUCCCAGCAGUGGUUCAACAGAAGCAGUGCCAUCAACUCCAUCACGACUUGAGGAGGAGCAAGUGGAAGCAUCCACACCACUUCCCAGCAGUGGUUCAACAGAAGUGCCAUCAACUCCAUCUCCACUUCAUGAGGAGGACAAAGAGGAAGAUGACAUUGACAUGGCAGAGACCACCCCACCAUCCAGAACUGGGGUACCUGUAGGUAUUGCAAGCACCACAUUAAGUGAUGACCCAGGAUGUUGGCCCAGUGUCCUAACAAGCAGUAUGCGCUGUGAAAUAGUCAAAAAAGGACCUGUGCAAAUCAUGGACAUUGAAUUCCCGCAAAACUUAGACAAUCCUCCUCGAAGAUUCACCAAGGACAGUUACAAAAGAACCAUGAAAAAUGGUGAGAAUAUACAUCGAUCGUGGCUGGUGUAUUCCAUCCACACAGAUGGAGUGUUCUGUUUCCCUUGUACUGUUUUCGGGAAGCGUGAGCGUGACAAUGCCUUAACGACCUGUGGCUACGGUGGAUGGAAGAACCUUUCCUAUCGCCUAAAAAAACACGAGUGCACAAAGGUGCACUGUGACAAUGUGAAAAAGUGGCACGACCUUCAGAGGAGACUGCAAACCAGUACACUGAUUGAUCAAAGACAGAUGGAGUUGAUGCAACUUGAAGUUGAACACUGGAAAGGCGUGAUUCGGAGAGUGAUUGCCAUAGUUUCCCAUCUGGCAGAACGCAACCAGGCUUUGAGAGGAACUACCAGUACCGUGUAUGAUCGCCACAAUGGGAAUUUUCUGGCUCAAGUGGAACUCCUAGCACAGUUUGAUCCGGUAAUGAAUGAACACAUCAGACGAAUACAAUGCAAAGAGACAAAGGUGCAUUACCUGAGUGGAGUCAUUCAGAACGAAAUCAUUCAGCUGGUCGGAGACAAAAUCCUACAGGAGAUUGCAAGAAGAGUGCACAAAGCAAAAUACUUCUCCGUGAUCAUGGAUUGCACUCCUGACAUCAGCCACAAGGAACAACUUUCUGUUGUUCUCAGGAUUGUCAACUGUGAAACACCUGUUUCUAUUGCUGAGCAUUUUUUGGGAUUUGUACAUGUUGAAGACACAACUGGUAAAGGGCUCAGUGAAAUCCUGCUUGACCAGUUGGAGAAGCACAACCUCAGCAUUUCAGAUUGCCGUGGGCAGUCAUACGACAAUGGCAGCAAUAUGAUGGGCCACAAACAGGGUGUGCAGGCAAGAAUUUUAGAGCUGAACAACAAGGCGCUAUGCAUCCCAUGCAGCAGUCACACACUAAAUCUGGUUGUGUCAGAUGCUGCCAAGUCUUCAGUGUUGUCCAUGUCUUUUUUUGGUAUGCUGCAACGACUGUACAACCUUUUCAGUUCCUCUGUGCACCGCUGGGCAAUUUUGAAGCAGCAUGUGAAGCAGCUCACCCUUAAGCCACUUUCAGGGACGAGAUGGGAGGCCCGAAUUGACAGUGUGAAGGUAGUGCGGUACCAUCUACCUGAAAUACUAGACGGACUGUCAGCACUGGAGACAUAUGCUACAGAGAAGGGGGACUCAGAGACCAUGUCCUCAGCAAAAAGCUUACAUGGUGAGCUUAAAACAUGGUCCUUUCUUCUGUGCACAAUAACCUGGUACAACGUUUUGUAUCAGGUUAACCAUAUGAGCAAGCUCCUCCAGAGCCCGGAUGUUUCAAUGCAAACACUGAAAAAAGAAACCGAGGGAGUGACAGAGUACCUAGAAGAUUUCAGGGAAAAUGGACUCGCAUCAAGCCAAACGGAUGCAAUGGAGAUUGCAGAAGAUCUGGAAAUUGAGAGGAAAUUGCCUGAGAAAAGGCAACGUAAAAAGAAAAGGCAGUUCCUUUACGAGAGUACAGAUGAAACCCAAUCGACCCCAGAAGAGGCCUUCAGAAGGGACUUCUUCCUGCCUUUGGUUGACACUGCCAUCACCAGCCUAAAAGACAGAUUUUCCAGACUGGAGGGGGUGUAUGCCCUGUACGACUUCCUGUUCAGCAUUGAUAUCAUGAGGGCCACAAUCAAGACUGGGAAAUUGCAUGAGAGAUGCAGGAAAGUGGAACAAACCCUCCAUGAUAUUGAUGCAGACGACUUGGCAUUGGAGAUCAACUCUGCUGUCCACACCUUUCCAGAUGAAGUAUCCAGGUGCCCAUUUAAAAUGCUGGACUACAUAUACAGUGAGAAGCUGUUGGACCUGUACAGCAAUUUAAGCAUUGCACUGCGCCUACUUCUGACCCUUCCUGUCUCGGUUGCCUCCGGAGAGAGGAGCUUUUCAUCUCUGAAGCGCAUAAAGAAUUACAUGAGGUCAACUAUGAGCCAAGAGAGGCUCUCUGGACUGGCACUCAUGUCAAUUGAGAGUGACGUCCGCAGGUCUUUGGACUUGGAGGGGAUUGUGUCUGCAUUUGCUGAGGCCAAGGGCCGCAAGCAGCAGUUUCAGUAGGAAAUAAAAAAAAUAAUAAAGGCUACUUUUCAGUGUAUGUUUGACCUCUUUUGUGAUUAAAACGCACAGAAUUGCGGAAAUUUUUUUUUUAAAGGCCCCCAACAACUUCUUUGCCUAGG